CAAUUCUCGUUACUCCUCUAGGUGCCUUAAGUGUAGUCAUAAGUGCCGUAUUAUCAUCUAUAUUCCUUAAGGAAAAGUUAAGUUUUGAUGGCAAAGUAGGUUGCGCUCUGUGUAUUAUUGGUGCCACAAUUAUUGUUAUACAUGCUCCUAGUACAACAGUGACAAAUAGUAUCGAUGAGUUUAGAAAUGAGUUCUUCCAUCCUCUUUUUUUGGGAUAUGCUAUUACAUGUAUAUUUCUCACAUUAAUCAUAAUAUGGAGAGUUGCUCCAAAAUAUGGUUCGAAAAAUAUGCUUGUUUACAUAGGCGUUUGUUCUAUGAUCGGUUCUCUAUCUGUUGUCACCACGCAAGGUCUUGGUACGGCUAUUGUGACAACUAUAAUGGAUCCAAAACAAAAUCAAUUGACUAAUUGGUUCUUUUACGUUGUUGCUGCUUUUGUCGUCGUCACUUUUUCUGCUAUCCUUUCCAAUGGUUUUAAUGCUUCUCCUGUUAGCAUUGCAACUGUGGUAUUGGGUUUCUUGGUAAUUUGUAACGGUAUUGUGUUGCUUCAAACUUCUAAAGGUGCAUCUAUGGAUGGUCGGCAAUCUAUAUUGAUGUCUAACGACCGUGUUAGUUCUCCG